AUGGUGAGAAAAUCUAAGAAUAUUCUGUAAAGGAUGGUUAAUCAAACUAUCUAAACUUGCGACAUUUUUGGAUAGUUACCAAAUUUUAGAGUGCUUGAAAAAGCUAAAUAUUCUUCUAUAGUGGGUUGUUGUAUGACUUUCAUUAUAUGUUCUGUCACUUUGAUUUAUUUAAUAACUGAAAUGAUUGCUUUGUUAGAUCAAGCAGCACCAAGUGUUGUUUUAUCAGAAUAACAAAUAUUUAACACGGCUGUAUUAGUUUGUUUUUAUAAUUAAGUAAUUUCCACUUUAUAAUGAUAACUUUACUUUGGCUAUAACAAUAACAAAUAAAGAUUCAGAACCAAUUAGUGGAAAUUUGAAAUACUACAAUAUAACAGUUGAUAAGUGUAUUAGAGAAAAAGAACUGAACAAUGUGAGUGGAGAUGUAAUUAUCAAAUAGUAGUAUAUAUUUUUUUUAAAUUUAGUUGUACGAGAAUUCCAAUUGCGCCAUGUAAGAAGGAGGAUUUUGAUAAUGAAUUAUAGCAGAGCUUCUUUUAAUACACUAAAUUGGGUGCAAUUUACUGUCUGGAUAGAGAAUAUAUAAAAGUGAAUCCUCCAGUAAAAUUUUAUAUGAAUUCAAGGUUUUACAAGGAUAGAUAUCUGGAUCUGUACAUCAAUACUUAUUGAUAUAAUUAGAUAUAUGCAAGAAUAGUACAGAGUAUUAAGAUUGUGCAUCUAUUGAAGAAAUACGUCAGGUGUUAUCUGCAGGUCAUUAUUAAGUAUAUGCCAGUGAUUAUUUAAUGUAAUUGAAUCAUCCUACUAAACCUUAUUCUCAAUUAAUCAAUUAGGAAAUUAAUAGUUUUUCAAUCACAACUUCUAAGAUGUUAUAAUGGAAUUAUAGAAUUGUAGAAACACAUACAGCAGAAGGAUUUCUAUUCACUUAAGAUAGAGUAGAUUUAAACUUAGUUAAACAGGAUAGAAAAGAAUAAUCUGAGUUAUACAAUGAUAAUUAUUUGAUUUAUCAUUUCAUAUAAUUGGAUUACAAAGAAACUAUAUACACCAGAACAUAUAUCAAAUUUUGGACUAUUUUAGGUAGAAUUGGAGGAAUCUGGCAAUUUUUUGUAAUAGUUACUAGUACAUUCAUUAAUCCUUUGAUAGUUAAUCUUAUGACUAUUUCAAUUGCUAAUGAAUUGUAUAGAUUUCCAAAGACUUUAAAUUCUAAAAUUCAUAUCAACAAUUAAAAAAAAUCAGAUCAUAAUUCUGAUGAUUAAUUAUCGACAAUUAGAUAAGAUUAAUCAUUUCCAUUAAAAGAAGAAAAACUUUCUGAAAGUCUUUAUGAAUCUUUUCUCAUUUUAAUUGGAUGUCGUAAAAAAGAAAAAGAAAUCUUUUUAAAAGUGAAAUCAGAAAUUUUAGGACAUUUAGAUAUUGUCAAAAUUAUAGAGAAAUUACAAUAAAUUGACAUGCUUAGAUUUGUUUUAUUAAAUGAAGAACAAAAUAAAUUAUUUGAUUUACUGCCGAAACCUGUUUUUUAAAAUUAAUAAGAUCAUCAUUAAAAUCUAACUGAUAAUCUUAUUUAAGAAAUAGAAUUACAAAAGAGUUUAAGAGUUCUCAAAAAUAAAAAACUUCAAACCAAACUUAAAGAUUACUAUUGUUCUUUCUCUUCUUUAUAAUAAGAGAAACGUAGAAGUAGUAUUGAUGAUAAACUCUUACAUAUGAUGGAUAAAAAUAUCAUUUAAUUUUUUGAACAAAUUCAAAUAUCUUAAUAACGUAAUAUCAAUUUAACUCCACUUGAUCCAUUAUUCAGAUCAAAAAUCGAAGAAUCUAUUGUUGAACCAAAAAUACAAAAACCAAAAUGA